GCCGCAUACAUAAAGAAAGGAGAAGCUCGGAGCUGCGGCCACUGAACAACGCUCUUAUCUACACUCCCCCGCACCCCUCCUUCAUUGCAACAUCAACUUUCAAGAUGGCAGAAAACAGCCUCAGACCGGCGAUUUUGAUCGUCUCAGAUACAGCUUUUCAGGAUCCGUCUUCUGACAGGACAGUCGAUACUCUUACGAAUUCGUUCACCGUUGAGGGGUCGAGUAGCUGGGAGUAUCCCACCACUAAGAUCGUGCCCGAUAACGUCCUCGACAUUCAACGAGUUAUCUGCAGCUGGACUGAUGGGCCCGACUGGUUCAAUCUCAUCAUUAUUAGCGGUGGAACUGGUUUCGCUGUGAAGGAUAAUACCCCAGAGGCUGUGUCGCCUCUUAUUCAUCGCCAUGCACCGGGUCUUGUGCAUGGCAUGCUCGCUUCUUCUUUGAAGAUCACGCCAUUCGCAAUGAUGUCUCGACCUGUAGCAGGAGUCCGAGAUAAGUCGUUAAUCAUCACAUUACCUGGGUCGCCGAAAGGCGCCAAGGAAAACCUUGAGGCAGUCAUUAAACUUCUACCGCAUGCAUGCAUCCAGGCAGCUGGAGCAAACUCCAGAACCAUCCAUGCUGGUGGUGUGAAGAAGCUGGAAGCUGAUGCUGGCAUACCGUCUUCUGGAUCCAAAGGACAAGAAAAGCAGCAUGAUAAUCACCACCAGCAUUCUCAUUGCCAUGGGCAUGGACAUGGACAUGGACAUGUGGUCCCCAAAGCGCAUACUUCGCCAUCAGAAAGGCCGCAGUCGAAUGACCCCAAUGCAGCACCCAACCGGCGAUAUCGCUCGUCACCGUACCCGAUGCUCUCCGUCGAUGAAGCCCUCAAACUUAUCAGCGAACAAACCCCAGACCCAACUGUGGUUGAAGUUCCAGUAACCACUUCUUUGGUAGGUUCCGUCAUUGCUGAGGAUGUCUACGCGGGUGAGGCAGUACCGGCAUAUCGAGCCAGUAUCGUUGACGGGUACGCUGUGAUCGCACCCGAAUCACUUACAUCUGGUCCAAGUACGAAAGGCAUCUUCCCGGUAGCCUCUAUUACCCAUGCUAAACCCGGGGGGUCAUUAUCCCCUCUUGAGCCGGGAACGAUUGCGAGAAUUACAACCGGGGCACCUCUCCCACCAAAUGCCAAUGCUGUGGUUAUGGUCGAAGAUACUGUUCUUGCAACGUCGACUCCCGACGGAAAAGAAGAAGCUAUGGUGGAGAUUCUAACAGGUGACAUUAAACCGAAAGAGAACGUCCGCGAACCGGGAAGUGACAUCGCCCUGGGGUCAAAGAUUCUCCAAAGAGGAGACUUGAUCACAUCCGUUGGAGGCGAAAUUGGUCAACUAGCAGCAACAGGCACUAGAACUGUCAAGGUCUUCCGGAAACCCUGCGUGGGUAUCCUUAGCACCGGUGAUGAAUUAGUUGAGCACGAUGACCCUCAGUCCCUCUAUGGAGGCCAAAUCCGCGACUCCAACCGUCCAUCCCUCCUCUCCUGUCUUGCAUCCUGGGGUUUCCCAACAGUUGAUCUUGGAAUCGCCCGCGAUACCCCCGUCGGCGAACUCGAACAGAGCCUUCGAGACGCCCUCCGAGGGACAGGCAAAUCCAAUACCAGCGUCGAUGUGAUAAUCACCACUGGAGGCGUAUCAAUGGGCGAACUAGACCUCCUCAAACCAACCAUCGAACGUUCUCUCGGCGGCACAAUCCAUUUCGGCCGCGUCUCGAUGAAACCAGGCAAACCGACCACCUUUGCAACCAUCCCAUUCAAGUCAUCAACACAAUCGUCAUCGCCAUCCGCGCAGCAGGAACGCGAGUCUAAACUCAUCUUCUCUCUCCCGGGUAACCCUGCCUCGGCCCUCGUUACACUAAACCUCUUCGUGCUUCCCUCUCUCCACAAGUUCAUGGGAAUGGGACAGCGGCCUCAAGCUAUCCAGGCUUUCCGUCCAGCGGUUGGCCUGCCCCUCGUGUCUGUUACCCUGGCACAUGCCUUCCCUCUUGAUUCCAAGCGUACGGAUUAUCAUCGUGCUAUCGUAACUGCGUCCCGGUCUGAUGGACGGUUGUAUGCCUCAAGUACCGGACUAGAAGGGGUCGGACAGAGAAGUUCACGGGUAGGCAGUCUUGCCAGUGCAAAUGCACUUUUGGUGCUUCAACCGGGAACUGGAAAGGCUGAGAAGGGUAGUUUGGUAGAAGCUUUGAUGAUGGGGGUUGUUGUUGCCAGCGAGUAACUGGUUUGUAUCUGAUUGACCUAGUCCACUUGGAUACCGAUACACCGAUACUUGAAAAGCAAAAUUAUUAUAUAUUGAGGCUAUAUAAAUGCAUAUUUACUAGAAUGGGUCCUAUAGUGACGAUAGUCUAAAUGCACCAGUAUAAAUAGAGAAUGAACGCCUUCCGGCGCCAGCUAGGCACAGAUGCAAUAUUGGAGAGAUGAUUUCAAAGUAAAAUUCUCCGGGAAAAAACAGACAUGUCGCCUUGGAGUAAGCAAUGAUAUCGUCAAUCGUAGAGAGGAGAGAAGUCGGACUUGCAUUUCACCCUUUAGUGACUUUCCAGUUUUUCUUCUUCUCGGCUCGAAGCGCCAGCAGCGUGCCCUCUCUGCCUUGCUUUCGAGCUAUCUCAAUGACGAUGAAACGGACAAAAUCUGGUAGUGUCCAGUAGCUGCUAUGUGCACUCAACAUGUUGAGGUACUGGAUGUUCAGAGGCCCGCCACCUC